AUGGCUAGACGCUACCUUCUCUCGAAACAAUGGAGGGCCUACCAGGCAACUAGUAGAGUCCAUACCCGGACCCGCUUCAUCGUCGUGGAGCAACAAGGCCCAACUCAGGGCUCCUCUCACAACCAGCAACGGCACGAAAAGGAUGAACCUGAAGACUCACCUCAUGGCUGGAGACCGACCUUCUGGAGAGUCGUCGAGGGCAGCGCGACGGCUUUUGGCUCCAUCGCGGUCCUCGGUCUGGCGGGCUACUCCUAUCACGCCUACUACAAGGACCUUGUCCUGCGAAAGAUGGACAAUGCCUUUGGCGUUGGCUUCUCGACACCGGAGCUGACGGCUCUAGGACGCCACGUGGCUCCUCAUAAGCUCCAUACCAUUGAUGACUUCACGGGCUUGGAGGGUGAGAAUGAGUGGAUCCCUCGGGCUGAGCAGGAGCACAUUGACGGCAUCAUUGACGGGACGAUCCGAGGCCAGUACCAUUUGAUCACGGGAGAGAAGGGUACGGGAAAGAGCUCCAUGAUCCUCAAGGCGAUGCGGAGGGUCAACGGCUCGGGAAUUGCUAUGCUCGAAGCCCACAGCGACCUCGAGGUCUUCCGUCUCCGCCUGGGCAAAGCCCUCGACUUUGAGUUCCACGAGGACUACAUCGGAAGCCUGUUCAGCUUCAAGGGCCCUCGCGAUUCGACCGCCAUCUUAGACAUUGAAAGAGCCUUCAACAAGAUGGAAAAGGUGGCCCUCAUGCGGCAGAGACACAUCCGGAAACCGCUAGUCUUGAUCAUCAACCGCGUUCACGUCCUCCGAGAUGACGAUGACGGACGCGAGCUGCUGGAGUUGAUUCAACAGCGGGCCGAGAUGUGGGCGGCAAGUCGCCUUGUCACGGUGGUAUUCACCAGUGACGACCACAGUACCACUGAGCACCUCAAGUGGCAAGCCACGCGGAUAUCCGUGACCGACGUCCGCGAUGUGCCCCGCGAUCCUGCCGUCGAAGCGCUCCACGAAUUCCGGCAAAAGGUCUUCAAAGAGGAUGUGUCCAGCGACAUCCUGAACCAAGUCUACAAAUUGGUCGGCGGGCGCGUCAGGUUCCUCGACCACGUCGCGAGAUCAAAAGAUAUGCUCGCGGCCUGCAAAUUCAUCUGCGACAGGGAGAAACGCUGGCUCUUGGGCCAGUGCUGGAUGUUGGGCGCCGACAUGGAUCCCGAUGCCGAGGAUCAACAAGACCACGCCACUACGGCUUUCUUGCUGGCCAAGGCGUUGAUCGAGAAGGAGAAGGAUAUGAAGCCAGAAGAGCUUCUGGCCGGAAAGCUCCCAGAGAUGCCUCUUCACGAGGCGAGACAUCUCAUGACGAGAUUCGACUUCAUCCAGAAGCAUGACCACUUCAACAUCUUCUCCAUCGAUUCCAAUUCCAUGGUUCGGGCGGACUCUGUGCCGAUGCAUAACGCCUUCAAGGAGAUCUGCGCGCAAGAAGGGUUCGAUGAGCUUCUUGAAGCCAGCUUGGAGAGACUUGAUGAGCUGGAGGGUCUUCAGAGGACGAGAGAGAUUGUGAUGAAGGAUUUGGCGAAUGAGGGCCAGUUCCAAGCAAUGGUUCGCCAGGCCAAGGCGGGAGGAGAUGGCUUGACGGUUACUGUCAAGGCCGCAUCACUCAAGGAGUAG